CUCGAUCCCUUGAAGAGCUAAUCAUCUUUGCAAAGAUAUGACACCAAAACCACUGACUAAAACACCAGUAUCCAAUCUCUUUCCCAUCAUGAAUGAGCACAGGCUGCGAAAGGUGGUCUCCGACAUAUCCGUCGAAAUCGACAAAUAUAUUAAGGAAUUCGAAAACAUUGUGGUGGUGGAUGAAGUUGAAUGCGAAUGCUGUGGGCACAAAGAGGACUGCACUCCGGCCUACAUCGCACAAGUUGAAGAAUCUUAUUCAGGAAACUGGGUUUGCGGUCUCUGUUCUGAAGCUGUAAAAGAAAGACUGGCCCGCGGAGCUCCAAAAAUAGCCAUUAGAGAAGCAGUUAGCUCUCACAGGGAGUUUUGCCAGAAAUUCAACACCACAACUAGACUCAACCCGAAUCUCUCAUUGACAUGCGCGAUGAGGGAUAUUGCAAAAAGAAGUUGUGAGAAAAGGAACUCGUCAAUAACAAAACUUGCUCAAACCACUAGCAGGGACGGAGCCAGAAGUUCUUAUGGGCAGGGGCUGGUAGUAAAAAAAAAUUAUUGGUAGGAGCUAAUAGGCUAAAUUUUUAGUUUUUUAGCUUAUAUAUAUAUAUAUAUAUUUUUUUUUUGAGAUUUUUUUUUUUUUUUUUAACCUAAGAAUUUU